AUCUCUUUUCUGGGUCGAUUGUACGAUGGGAUUUAUGGGAAUGAAACGACGCCAGCGGCUUUUGCUGAGGGGCAUUGACCGUGGAAGGAAGCACGCUGACUUUGGAUAUCUCCGGCAGAGAGGCCACCUUGCCUUGGAGAGGCUUUCGGCUCUAAACCUCGAGGAGGAAGGAGUCAUCCCCGACGAGUACUUCUGAUGAAAAUAAUGGUGAGGGCAAUUUCGCCUAGGUCAGGCAGUGGAGAUGUUUUGUGACACUGGGCGGAUCAGUAUGGUUGCAUGAUACAACAAGGAAAUUGUUGAUUGUAUCAAUCAGAAGUAAAUAUAGAUUGAUUUUCACUAUCAUCAACUAACCUACCAUAUGC